AAGAUCGUAAAAAAUAAAAUGGGAAAAACAUUUUCGGACGGAGGGAUAUAUUUUUUUUUGAAGAAAGGAGUAAUUACUGCCACCAUAUUCCCACUCUUAAAAUCGAGAGGAUUAAGAAUUGGUACCAAAUGAAGACGCAUACAAUGAGCUGAUUGAGCUCUCCAACAUUUGCAUUCCAUUCCAAUUCCAAUGGGUGAUAUUCUCGCUCAUCGUCUUCAGGCCAUUCUGCUGACAUUAGUCGGCGCGGUGCUGGCCUUACCAAACGAUCGUCGCUACAAUGUAGGAGAUGAAGUCCCUUUCUAUGUCAACAAAGUGGGUCCCCUCAACAAUCCCAGUGAAACUUAUGAAUACUAUGACUUGCCUUUCUGCUCUCCAGGCCAAGUGAUACACAAGAAGGAAUCCAUUAGGGAGGUUCUCAAUGGAGACCGUUUAACCAACACCUUGUAUGAGUUGAAGUUUGCAGUGAAUAAAUCCCAUGUUUUUCUGUGCCGUAAGAACCUCAGCAGUGAUGAGGUAGCUAAAUUCAGGAGUGUUGUCGCUAACGAUUUCUACUUUCAAAAUUACUAUGAUGACCUCCCAUUUUGGGGAUUCAUUGGGAAAGUAGAGGACCGAAAUUGGACUUUUGAUGGAAAAGGACCCAACAAGUAUCUCCUCUUCAGUCAUGUUCGAUUUGAUGUUCUAUAUAAUGACAAUCAAGUCCUUGAAGCACAUGCCUUUAGUGAUCCGAAUCAUACUGUUGAUAUAACAGAUGAUAUUGAGGUUGAUGUUGAGUUCAGUUAUUCAGUGUUCUGGAAGGAGGCCCCAACUAAGCUUAAGAGCAGAAUGGUUAGAUAUUCAAAGGCUUCCCUACUUCCCCUGCUGCAGAAAGUUCAUUGGUCUAUUUUCCGUGGAGGCUCGACUGCUGCAUUUAUGUUUGCCCAUAGCGUCUAUUUCUAUUAUAAAUCAAACAUGAGUGGCUUCUUGCAGACGAGUUUCUUCUUCGGCUACACGGCUUGCUUAUGUUAUGGAUUUUUCCUUGCUCUUGCAACAGUCGGCUUUCUUGCCUCCUUUGUGUUUGUUCGCCACAUGUACCGUGCAGUCAAGAGCGAAUGACCUCCUCAUAUUCUCCUCUAUCCAAGACUACAUGUAGAGAAUUGAUUAAGAAUGGGGAUAUAUAUUUGCUGCCAUUGUUAAUGUGAAGCUAAGCAUAUUGUUUGGUGUGUCUAUUUUUCACAAUUGGAAAAGAUAAGACAAUGGGCUCUCAAUUUGUUGGACAAUAUAUAUAUGUUGCAUAA